GCGGCGGGGCUGAGCGGCCCCGCGCGGUGCGGGCCUGAUGCGGGAGCGCAGCCCGGCGCCGCGGCAGCGCUGCGGGAGGAGGAUGGCGGGGCUGGCUUGGAAGUGGCCGCGCACCCGGCUGCCCGUGGGGGCCAGCGCCCUCGGCGUCUUCGUCCUUUGCUGGCUCUACAUCUUCCCCGUGUACCGGCUGCCCGACGAGAAGGAGAUCGUUCAGGGGGUGCUGCUGCAGCAGGGCAAGGCGUGGAGGAGAAACCACACUGCGGUCGCCGUCUUCAGGAAGCUGCUGGAAGACUGCUGUGACCCUGGGCAGCUCUUUGCGAUGACAAAACAGAACUCCCCAAUGGGAAAGAACCUCUGGUUUGAUGGGGAAUUUUUGUAUUCUUUCACCAUUGACAAUACAACUUACUCGCUAUUCCCACAGGCUACACCCUUCCAGCUGCCACUGAAGAAAUGCUCUGUGGUGGGAAACGGUGGGAUUCUCAAAAAGAGCGGCUGCGGAAAACAAAUAGAUCAAGCGGAUUUUGUCAUGCGGUGCAACCUUCCUCCUCUAUCCAGAGAAUACAGCAAGGAUGUUGGAUUGAAAACCCAGCUGGUGACUGCAAAUCCCAGUAUAAUUCAGAAAAGAUUCCAGAAUCUGCUUUGGUCUCGAAAAGCAUUUGUGGACAGCGUGAAGGUGUAUAAUCACAGUUACAUCUAUAUGCCGGCCUUCUCAAUGAAGACAGGGACGGGCCCCUCCCUGCGCGUCUAUUACACCCUGAAGGACUUCGGUGCCAAGCAGGCGGUGCUUUUCGCCAACCCCAAUUUCCUGCGUGACAUUGGCAAGUUCUGGAAGAGCAAAGGUAUCCAUGCCAAACGACUUUCCACGGGACUUUUCCUAGUCAGUGCUGCCCUUGGUCUAUGUGAAGAAGUAACAAUUUAUGGCUUCUGGCCGUUCUCAGUGGACCUGCAUGGGAAGUUUAUUAGCCACCAUUACUAUGACAAUGUCUUGCCCGAUUCCGGAUUCCAUGCCAUGCCGGAGGAAUUUCUACAGCUCUGGUUCCUUCAUAAAAGUGGUGUACUGAGAAUGCAGCUAGAACAGUGUGAGGACCCUUUAACCCAGUCUUCUGCCUAAGGAUCGUAGCAGUCGGUUUGGGAGAUCCACUAGUUUUUAAUUUCCUUGCUCUCCUACAGAGAGUUCUGAUCUUCUGUUGAUUCUUUUUAAAGGGAAAAUAAUCAUGGAUCUGCAUGGACCGUAAAAAUGCUGCUUGAAAGCCAAAUGGAAUAUGUCUUUAAUGUAUGUUCUAUGGAACUGCGGUGGGGGAAACAAACCUCUCCAUCAAGUCCAUUCAGCAGUAAUGUGAAAAUAAUGUCAGAAGCAACUCAAAUGAACUUUCUGGGUGACGUUUUUAAAUGACUGAUGUAAGAAGGGCAUUAAGGCUCAGAGAGAAAUGGGGCCACCCACAAGCUUUUGCUGACAGUGCCAAAUAUGACUGUCUGUUCAAAGAUCCAUUUCAUUCCAGAUUGGCGCCUCAUAUAACUCUUUUUUUUGUUUUGUUUUUCCUUCCCUUGUGAGUGUGCUUGUGUGUAGUGGUAAGGGGUGUAGAGGAAAGUGUGUGUAUUGUUAACUCUCUUUGUUUCUUUUUUUCCAUUUUUUUGUUUUCCAAUGGAAGAAAGGUGGAAGGUGUGAAAGCCUGAGGAGCUGAGUACCAUCAGCUCCUAAGACUUGUGAAUGUGAAGGGUGCUGAGAAUCUGGUAGAAGAAUGUAUUGGGAAUGCCCUGCUACUGAAUAUGGAUGAACCUACCUGUUGUAGGUUUUGUCAGGAUAGUUUGGUCAUUGCACUUAUAUCCAUAUUAAUGCUACCUUAUGGGCAACAGCUGGUUAAGGUAAAUUGGCUUGAAGAUAAAAGUUGUGGUACAAAAACAAAAGUGCAGUGCAACCAGGUUUUAACUGACCAGCUGCAAGAUUUCCGUAGUGACUUUGGUAGCAGGGAUUGCUCCUUACUUGUUGUGCUAUUUUGCCUUUGGGAUUAGUUCCGUGUUCAUUUGGACUCCAGAUGUUCAGUGACUAUCAAGGGGAUUUGAGGUGUUCAGUGAAAUGCAAGAUAAGAUUCUUCAUGUGCUUCUAACAGAAAAACUGCAGAAAUGAAUGUAAGUGUCAUUUAAAAUCAGUUGAAACUUUGAAAAUCCUUUCUCUUUGUGCUACUAGCUCCUCUUUUCGGAUUGUAACAUUAGCCUUAAAGCCUUGUACUUCUGUUGCAAGAUUGUCUCUGGUUAAAGAGAGCCUGAAAAGUAAAACAGCCUUUGGGAGCACUGAAAAACAAUAUAGCCAGCGAGAAAAAAGUGAAACAAAGCAAACAAACAAACAAACAAAAAAAAACCACCAGAAAAGGCAGGCACUUACGUAAUGCAGCCUUUCUCUUUGCAAUCAGAGAAUUAUGUAAGCGUGCAAAUUGCACUGCGGCUGCUCCGGUCAGUGCAGUGCCUAAAGGACUGUUUUAUUUUUGGAUAUUACUUGGACAGCGGAUGAUCCUAUUGCCAUGUAAAUGAGAAAUCUUUUUGUUUGCUUUGUUCUAACACUGUAGGACAGGAAGAAAAUACCUACUUGGUCCAGAGUGCAAUUUCAGCUGCAAGAUGCUAUCACUGUUAACUUUAUAAUCCAAAAUCAUGUUCUCUUUCUUCUACUUCUAUCGUUAGUAGCUGAAAUUCUAGUCAAAAUGUUGAAACAACAAAACUGUCGUCAGGUUUCCACAACAAUUUCCUGUGUUACCUGUUUUAGCUCCAAAGUGCUAGUAUUUUGGGGGAGGUGUCCUAUCAUAUGUUGGCAACCGCUCUCUUUGUAGACUACAAGCUGCAAGUUAUAUAGAUAUAAUUAAAAAAAAAAAAAAAAAGCAACACCCCUGGCUCUUCUUUAAAUAUGAAUAAUUCGACUAUCUAUGUAGGACAUUGAAAAAAUGCCUUAUUUUGCUUUUUAAAAAUGUGUUUUGGAAUAAAAUCUUCUUCCUAAAUAUGGGUAUUCCAAAUAUACAUUUGGGCAUUGUUCCUUAGGAUUACAGUGUAGCUCUAAAUUGCAAAGGGGAGAUUUGGAUUAAAUGCUGUUUUAGAGAUUGUUCUGAUAAAAUCUGAAUGUGCUUCUGUAACCCAUUUUAUCUCUGUCCAUGUGCUUUUUUUGAAGUACAAUCAACACAUCAAUAGACCAUCACUGAUAAUUCAUUCACUUGGAUUAUAUUUUAUCUACGAUAUGGAUACUCAGUAAGGAAGGAUUUUCUUUACUGCUCAUUAGGACAAAUUUUUACUGAGCUGCCUUUUGUAGAAAACACGUGCCUGUAUGGGUUUUAUGAGAUGUAUGAAGUUUUGCACUUUUUAGUUCUUAAAAGAAGAUGCUAUCUGUGAGAACAGCAGUCAAAAUAUUGUGUGUUAAGAUGACACUUCAGAAGGAUGCCACCAUAUCCCAGGGGUGUGGGGAAAUUAGGAGAGUAGGGGAGAACUGCCUCUGUGCUUGUUAUUUUUGUCAUUUGUACCAGCACUUGAGAAUUCAGUUCUGAACUUCUCUGGCGACUCUCUGACACCCUGGAAAUCCCUUCUCUCAUGUCCUGGGGAAAAGAUCUCAGUAAAAGAAGAGAAAAAAUGAGUAUUUUCAUAGGAAACCUCAAUGCAGUAUUUCAUAACAACUGGCUUGCUUGUGUUCAGUUAGUGCCCCAUGUACCUAGGAGCAUUGUAUUCUCCGUAAGGCUGAAGCUGACUGAAUCUUGUCUUUGUGUGUCCCUUUUGAUGUUUGCAAUCCUGAGGUUUGCAAGAAGAUGGUUUUCAAAAAAUGAUGGGGAUUGAAGAAACUAAGUUGUUUGUGAUAAGUGUGGCUAAUGUUGGAAAAAUUGGUAGUUUGGGCUCUGUUCAUAUCUACUUAUACAGAAUAUAACUGCAUCUUACAGUGGCAACCACAUUUGAUAGGGAAGUAAAGGCUUUGGGGAUAAAGAAUUUUCUAUAACUUCCAAAAAACUAGUAGCUUAGGAAAGGAGAGAAACAAAAAUAAGUUCCUCUUUUGAGAAGGCAAGUCUACAAUGGGAGCUCAACAGAAACCUGUUUUAGUUGGCUGACUUGGCACUUCACACAGGCACACUGGCCAAGAAGAAAGUUUUUGCCCUACAAGUGAAAAAGGAUGCAGGAGGGUUCUGUAAGUAUUUUGUGGCAAGAGCAGUCACAGAGAAAAUGAAAAUCUGUUGGGAAUCUGAGAAUGGCAACUGCCUAACAAGAAUCUUGGAGUUGAUACACUCCAUUAUUUCUGCUACUUAGUGUGAGAUUUACCUGGUACAAGUCUAGGGGAAGUGGGACCCAUGUAUUGGGAUUCUUGGUAUGAAAUGUGGAGUUACAUGUAAGGGUUUGAAGUUGUAUUACUUUUGAAGAGGAAGGCUACACCAGGGAAUAGGUGUGGUCACAUCCAGGACUUAAGCAUUAACAUAGAAAUCAGCUUCUCGGAGUUAGCAAACUGUGGGUGGAAUGAAUAUAUCCAUCUGCAUUUAGCUGGGUGGUUAAUUUCUGUCCAUUGACAGUAGUGUCCUGAGAUUUCAUUGCUUUAGUAGAAGUGAAUAGAAAUCUUAAGGUCUUUUAAUGAAAUUCCUUACUUUAGUUUUUCUAUUUCCACUGCCAGCCUCUGAGUUUCUCCAGUAUUGAGGUUAAUGCCUGCACCAGGUUGAAAGCUACUGCAAUUCAUCUUCACUAAAAGCUAGUUCAGGCUUGCCAAAUGAUUUGUUCAUGUUCUUAGUUAUUAAUUUCUUCAUAGAGCUGCCAAGAUACAAAAAUGCUGGAAUCAUUGCUCUAUAGAGGAUGCCACCUGAUUAUAAACAGAACGAUCAAAUCCCCUCAUAGGAAUUGUGCAUGGAAGAUAUUUGGCACUGAAAUCAGUUUAGGUAUAAUUUUUUCGGGUGCUUAAGUGUUUCUAGGGAGACUAAGGCCAAUGUAUGAACUUCUGCUAAAACUGUGUAAAAUUCCUCCUUUCUGUUGGUUAUGAAUCUUUUGAAGCUCAUUCUAAAGCAAGCAAUUGAAAGAGAAGCUGGCAAAUUAAAAUCAUAAGAGUAUAUGUGCUUAUGAGAAUAAAAACAUUUUUAUAUUUGAUACAGACCUUGCCAUAAUUCCGAGGACUCUCCUUCAUGAAUGCUGUGCUUUAUGUUUUUGUUGAUACAAAGAUUAUCGUUUGGAAUGAACUAGCUGCAGAAGUCAAAGAUCAAAGCCUCUGUUACAGCUUAAUCUUUAUAGAAUGUAGAAAUAUUGGCUUUUUUAUCAACCUCAAUACACUCACCUUUUUGUUAGCUUCAUCAGAAUGAUGUCACAGCAUACGCUGCUGAGUUUGCAUCUCUUCAGAAGCUGAAGCUAUAAGCAAGGCAUCUGCUGUUUUAAACUGAAUGUCUGAACCGUGGUAGUUGCACAAAACACUUCCUUCAUGCAUAUUUAUGAAAACUAGCUUAAAAUCUGGUUCACCCUAUCCUGAAAUUGACAGUGAGAACAGAAGUGAGGAAGGAUGCAAUCUAGAAGUGGGGAUGAUGAAGGAGAAAAAUGCUAACUCACCUUUUGCUACCUGCUUUGGUUCUCCAUCUCGAUAGAUUAAUAAGCAUUGGACCAAGUCCAGAUUGUACAAAGGACAGGCAGUUUCCAGAAUGCUGGAUGAUGAUGGAAAAGAUGAAGAUCAAAUCAGUGGUGUAAUAAAUUGGACUGUAGAAAUUCUAGAUAAAGAUUGCCCAUUCCAAGCAACCGCAGGACAUUUUCUUCUGACGAUGACUGAAAAAUGGACCAUCGUCUGUGACAUAAGGUUUUCUGCAGGAUGGCAGCAAAGCAGAAUGUGAUGGCGGAUGUUGCCAAGAGGCAGUGAACUGAUUAAGCAGAAGUACAGCAGAACAAAGAGAGAUGAUGAAAAAUCCAUCUUUCCCUUCUCUACUUCCAUUCACUCAGAAACAAAAGUAUAACAGACUUACUGGCUAUUGUCCUAAGUCACCACCUCCUUAUUGAAAGGAUACUGUGGGAUUUAGUCGUGGGUUAUUAGAGUUGGGGUAGUAUUGUUAAGUUGUGGUUGAACUUGAUGAUCUUUUAGGUCUUUCCCAACCUGGGUUAUUCUAUGAUUCUAUCUGUUAGCUGAUGUUUCCUACUAACAAAAAGUCAGCAGACCUUGUCUGGAAAUGGCUGGUCCUCUGCAUCCUGGCUGUCUGAAGGGUGCUCUGGAGACUCUCCUCUAUGCUAGGACAUCCCUAAUGAGAUCUGCUCCUAAUAUCACACAGUCCCUCCACUUGGGAUCAUCUGGGCUUUUUUUUUUAUGCCCAAGAAGUCAACAAAAAGUCAUCUCUUUGCCAUCUUCCUGAUGAUCAUCCUCCUUGGGUUUUGAAGGGUGAUUUAAAAAAUCAGCCAUUAAGUAGAUAAUGCACUUUGUAAUUUUCAACCAUAUUUUCUUCAAAAGUAACUGAUAAAACCAUGAAGAAUUAGCUGUAAGUUGAAAACAUGACUUCACUUAGGAACUGAUAAUUCAAUCACUGGAGAACAAAAAGAGCAUGGCAGAAGGCUGUGCUUUUCAUAAUGAUUGUUGUAGAAUGACUUCUAGUUCCUCAAAUUCCCAGAUUUCAUCACUUGGAAUCUAUCAGGUGCUUGACUUCUUGGUGGUUUUUGAAUGAAACAAUUACUGAAUGACCUAGUGGCCUGCUAAUUAAAUACUAGGAAACUCAUUUUCCUGAAGGAAAGACAAAUAACCAAUAGGAGGUUCAACCCAGUAUCCCUACCUGAUAUUUCUUUUGCAGCAACAAGAAGUUAAACAGUUAGUUAUUCCUCUCUGAUUAUUCAGGAUGAACCCUGGUGUAUUCAGAGCCCUGGUGUAUUUAGCCUCUUUAGCUUAAUGCACGUACUUAAAAUGAAUGUCACCAUAUAUGUCACCCCUAGUUCACACAUACAACACUCCCUUGAGCAGUUCAGCUGUGCCAAGCUCAGCAAACUGUGGCAUUAAGCAAGUAGUCCUCACCUGUGUGAAGUCAGCAAGCAUGGGCAGGACAGAACUGACCAUCAUCCACCUCUGGGACUGCGCAGCCUCCAUGUGGCUCCAUGUAGCACUGCCCUGGGUACCAUCAAGCAAGUGCCACUGCAGAGCAGGCCUGAGAUAUGGCAAGGUUAUCACUUUCUUCCUUCACAGCCAGAAUGCUGGGCUUUCCGAAAACAGUGGCAGACAAUCUAUUGCUUUGGAGACCAACCCGCUUCUCACCCCAAAGCAAUUUUGAUUGCUGGCAAGUCUCAGUAGUACCUAUUAAAACUGCAUCUUAAAAUGAUCUCCACCUACUCUAUGCUGUGGUUGCAUUGGUCAACUGUUAAGAUAAAUAUUUAUCCCAUCUUGGUCCUUCUAAGGCAAGCAACACUCAAAUCACCUUGAAUUUGCUGUGUUAUUUAGUAUUUUCACCUUUCAAGUUUAACCUUUUUUUUUCUUUUAGCCUAGACAUAGUUAUCAUGACUCAUAUCACGAGUCAACCCAAAGGCAGCAUAAGAAAACAUCACCACAAAUAGUUGUUCUCAAAUAGUUGUUGGGUUUAGGUUUAAGCCACUGAUCAAUAAAACAUGAAAGUACCUUUUGAAUAAUUCCUGGUGUUUUCUAAUUGUACAUUCAAUGAACUGUUUUGCUCAGCUAGGGCCCAUAGCAAAGAUGUGUUACAUCAUUUUCUUUUUAUUGGAAAUGAACAAUUACAAAGGCAUAACAUUUUAAAUUCUUAAAAUAUUUUAAAUUCUUAAAAUUCUUUAAAUUCUUAAGAAGAAGCUAGCAAAACUCCGUAUUUCAUGAGAAGCUUAGUUUUUGUUUGAUUGCCUUGGUAGUAAAGGAAACAUUUUCACUGAAAAGAGGUGCAAAGAAGAACAAAGAUUUUGAUUGGAAAAAUGUCCUCUGAAGGACUGAGGCUCAGAUGUAAGGCUCUCUGAGGGGUCUCAAGACUAGGAUCUCACCUCGCUGCCCAAGGGCUGAAACGAGCAUUGAACUGAGGUGAAACAAGGCCUUAUGUGGUCAUACUGUUGCAAAAAACGCUUGGCAGUAUGUUGAAAACAUUUUCUUUGAGUGUGAGACUUCUAUGCGUGAGGAGCACACUGAAAGGUGAACAUCUUACAGUGUGCAAGGCAAGGACAUCCAAAAAAACCUGUUUUUUAAAUUUAUCUUGUAAACAGAAUGCUCACUGAGCCAAUGUUGAGUUAGAUCAGCAUUCAGUGCUCUUGAAAUUCCUACCCCAUGAGCAUUUCCAGAAAAACAUCCACGCACAGGCAGAAGUAGUGUUUUUUUCCUUUUUUUGUGCUCUCCAGCUCGCAUUGAAAAUGGAAUGAAGCCUCAAUCAGAACUCUUAUUUACCCUUUUUAGAGGUCUCUGUAAACUGCCCAGAUAACAUAUAAGCAUACAAUCAAGUAGAUAUAAAACAAAGCAGAUAAUACGUUGAAGUUUAUAACUCAAACACUGAUAUCUUUAAGAACUACUACAGAAUAACUUACUUAGUGAAAAUAAUCACAUAUUUUGUGAAAAAGGAUCUCAAUUUUUGUUAAAAUAGAUACACCAGUAGCUGAAGAAGCAAUUCUCAAGUUAUUCAGUGUUUGUAGAUUUUACUCGAGUCUGUGCUUCUGCAAAGCUUCCAAUUUUAGGCUACUUUCAUUUUUGUCAAAAUGAAACAAAUAAAAAACCCAACCAAACUGAGAACUUCGGUUUAGAUCUUCUGGAGCCUGUCUGUUACUGUUUCUGUACUGACAUUUAGGGGUGGCAUCUAAAGAACCAGAUGAAGAUCAGAAAGGAGAUAAGGAAAGUAACACAGUUUUUUGAUAGAGGAAAAGGAGACACCUACAUUUCAAUGCUUUGCUGAACUGGGACCUGAAGUUAUACAGAUGCAAGUUCUUCGUUCUCUUGCUUCUCAGCUCCUCGGUUCUUGUGGUACUGGGGAAAAAUCUGCCAAGUCCACAGGUUGUUUCAAUCCUCCCUUGCACUAUGGGAGUAUGAUGAACUUUCUUCUUGGUAUUCAAUGUGGAAAUAUGGAAACACAACACAGGACCAUAGAGCACUCCAGUUUUAUUAAAGCUGAAUGUGACCAAGCUGGCAUGCAGUAUUUCAUGUCUUUCCAGUACUAAUUACUGCAUCAACUCUAAAGUACAGCAGAGACUUUCUUAUCUCUCAUGCCACUUAUAGGAUGUUUGAUGUCUUUCUUCCUGCUGUGAAUGCUCUCUUGGGUGAAUAGAGACUGUACUUAGCUUGCUUACUGAGAGAGAGGUGCUGUGAGAGUUAGUUACCUCACAUUUGGAAAGUAAGGGUAGAGAUUUAAUAAAUUGCAAAGCUUUAUCUCUUUUCAACAGCUAAGGCAAACAAGUAAACAUACAUAUUUGUUUGACUGAAUUUAUGCGUCCAGGUUAAAACCCACCCUCAUGGUUAGCAAGUACACAAAAGACAUUCCCUUCAGAUGAUGCAUAGCUUGCAGAAAGCUCAAACUCAUAAAUUUUAAUGAGAAUAAUAGGUUUUCUUCUGUCUGCCCAAAUCUCCAAUUUAUAAACCAAAUUCUCUGCUCUCUUCUACCAUUCUGACUCCGGACAAAUCAAUAGAAUUGCAGAGAUUUUAAUCAGCUGCCUGUUCUCAAACCUGAGGGAAUUCAUCCUACAAAAAUUUUAAAUUGAGCUGUUUCCAAGCAAAUCCAGGCAAUGCUGCCUACUUACAGGCGCCUAAGCUACGGGAUUUUUCCCCACAAGUGAAGAUCAUGGAUGUUUUCUGCUGUACUUUGAUUGCUGCUGUGAGGCCAAUACCUUUCUGCAUUUCAAACAUCUGCUGCACUGAGGUAUCAUGAUCUGAAAUCAAAUCAUGACUUAUGUCAUGUCCUAUAUGAGGAAUUGUUGCAGCAAGUUGCAGAGAAGUGAUUCAUGUACUGCACUAUCUGCCAAGUAGAUUUUGUGAGGUGGAUGAAAAUGAAAAAAAGAUUUUUCUGCAAUGUGAAGCUUCUUCACUGACUGCCUGUAUCUGAGAAUUGCAUGUUCUCAAGUGAUUUAUCCUCCGUGAUGGAUCUGAAGACUGUUAAUGUUUCCAGUCAUUGUCAAAUCAUUUUUUCAGCCUUUAAUAAUGCAAUGAGAUGAUCUUUCCCCCCCUGCUAUUCAAAUGCAAUUUUUCUUUUCCGAUAAUUCUUGAAGGGAAAAUUUUUUCUACUGGCAAUUUAUGUCAAAGGCUCAGCGCUGGUCUAAGAUAUCAGUUGUCUUAAAAUGUUGAAAUGGUGGUUCUUCUGUUUUCUCCCUGUGUAGUGCACUCUUUCCAUAACUCUGUAUAUGAUGACUGACAACAAAUUACUUUUCCUUUCAAACAUUAAAACUCUGAAAAUUCUUCUGGCUUUUGUGGAACACCUUCUGACUGCAGGUGUCCACGUAUUAGACUUCCUGCAGCCAAAUCUUGAAUCUUUGCAUUCAUCUUUGUUAACUCAAACUAGCCAUUGAUAAAAUACAAAUUCAUUUCCAAAAUAGCUUUCAGUGUAAAAUGAGGAACCUUUAACAAAUGCUCAUGGUUAUGACCUGCUACCACUGAGGUGAAAAAAUAUUUUUUGUUUUCACUGCAUUCAAUAUUUUUUAUUUUCACUAAAGUUACUAUCUCAGAUGAGGUAUAAACAGCUGAAGUCCAUAUAUCCGGUUGUCUUCAUGGUUUCUGUACAUUCUUUCUUUUCCAUUGACCUUCCUUAUUUUUUGUUUGUUUGCAUCUCUGUGACUGUUUUGCAGAUUCUCAUAGAAUCAUAGAAUGAUUUGGGUUGGGAGGGUCCUCAAGGAUCAUCAAGUUCCAGCCCACCUGCCACAGGCAGGGCAGGGCUGCCAGUAGGUGAAGUAGCAGAUCAGAUUGCCCAGAGCUUUUAACACCAUCUGCCUUUUAUCUAGCUUUUAACACCACCAGGGUUGGGGCAUCCAUAGCCUCUCUGGGCAACUUGUAUGUAUCAUGUACAUAAUGUAAUGCAUCCUAUCUCUAAGUAGAACACCCAUCUAAAGUGUAUCCUUUCAAAGAGAACUUUGGCAUUUUUUCACCUGGGAAUUAGCAUAUGCCUUCUGUGCAUCCAAUAUCAAAAUCAGUACUAAGUGUGAUGUACAGCAAUUGCACUUUGUAAGGUUUCUGUUCUUCUGGAGUCUUACCAGCAGUCUGCAUUUUAAAUGAAGGGAAUUUUGCACUCUUCUUGAGUGUUCUGGUCCGAAAGCACUGAUUCUGGUGUUAGUGUCUCGGCUCUCUUAGAAGCAGAAGCAAUGUCAAGUGCUGUAGUAACCUGAUAGCAAUGCUGCCCUUCUUCCUAUGUUGUGGAAAGGAAAGUGGUGCAAAGCAUUUUCAUGCCAUAUUUUAGCCCUUUACAGGUUACCUUCCUUUAAAAUUAUUAUUAUUAUUAUUAAUGAACUCAAGGACUCAAGGACAAAAAUAGAUAUCAAAAAAUAGAUGAAAUUCUGUCCUUACAUGCAAAUUUCAAGACUCCUAAGCCGCUGUAUUUCCUAUGCACACAACUCAUCCUGCUUUAACAUGUGAUAUUGCAGGUUCCAUCUGGCUGUCUCUGAAAGCUCAAGAGAAAAGCAAACACAGAUAUGAAGGAAAUUAAAGGUGCCUCACUGUGAUAUUUUUAUAGAGUGGUAUGUUGCUUUGAUAAUGAACUGUGAAACAUAGCAUGCAGAUGCAGAUGAAUGUAAAUGACUGCAUGUGUUUUUCUUUUAAUGUUGAGUCCAUGAGGUGGAUUAUUAGUAUAAGCUCUGUAUUGUAGAAACACUGAAAAGAGAAGUGACGUGGAAAGAAGAUACUUCUAGCGAUUUGUAGUGAACCACAUCUUCUACCUGUUUUUUCAUGACCAACCUCUGAUUCUGGUAAAUGUAAGCCUUACAGGUUUGAUGGUAAUAAACAAACUUACAAGUGGAGUAGCUCUCUUCCUAAAGUCCAGUAUGCCUCCUUCCAGCACUGUAAGGGGGUAUCUGUCUGCAUUUCCAUCAGGUCAGACCUAUUUCCAGGCUUGGGUUGGCAAGGCUGUGUUGGUGGGGAUAUCAGUGUGACUCACACUUAGUGUGUGUUUCCUGCCCACUUAUUUCGGUUAUCUGUUGGUUGCCACUCUGAUAAAGAAGUGACUGUGGUUUGGCGUGUAGCUGCAAGGUUCCUGCCCUCACCUUCCUGUCACUCCAUCUGUGCACUUCAGACCUUCUGCUCUGUAUCUGACCCCACUUGUGGGUCUGGCUCUGGGGGCAGCCUGCUUGUCAGGGCAAGCCUUCCUCUGGGUGGGGUGCUCAGGCAAAGUAAUUGCUUACAGCAAUGGAGAAAUAGGACCGAAUUUGAAAUACCACACAUGUAUUUUUGGUAGGAGCUCAGUGGUUGAAACAAGCUGACCUGGGAUCAGUCUGUGGUUUGUAGUAAUGCUGGCAUACAGGAGCACAGGCAAGGCAGACGCACGGUGUCUCUUGGCUUCUAGGGACUGGGCGAUUUUGGGAGAUUUUGUCUCAUACAAGACUGAUGUCAGCUGGUGAUGGCAUCAUUUCACAAAGAGCAAUGGGAUGUGGGACUUUAGUGUUAGAUGGUGAAUUUUGCCCUUGUGUUAUGCUAGUAAUUUGAUUUGCAUCUUUCCUAUCUUGACAAGUUUAUAGAAAAAAAGUGAUGAUAGUGUGGUAGUUCAGUGUCUUGAGAUGGUUUUAAAGUGGAUAAGCAAAUCAUUAUGCCUCUGAGGUCGUGUAAUUCUGUGGAUUUGUCUUACCUCCAGUGACUGACAUGUAAUAUUAAUCAUUUGAGAUCUAUGUAAACUUCACAUGCUGGAAGUUGUGUCAAAAUGGCACAAGCACUUGGUUGAACAUCCUGAAUCACGAUCAUUCUGGCAUGCUCAGGGGCAGAGGUACUUGUGUAGAGUGUUUCAAACAUCGCAAAGUGUGUUGUUGUUUAGCGUAUUGUGGUUAGGGCUUCAGUCUAAUUGUCCCCAACAUAGCAAAUGUUCGCUGUUGGCUAACACUGUUACAAGGACUGAAGGGUUGACUUUCUUUGCCUGGCAAUAACAUAUUUUCUAUUAUGUCCAGAGUCUGUUCAUUUUCAAGUAGCGCUCUGUGCUCCUUUGAAGAAUGUCUUUUUUUUUUCCCAAGUGGUUUCAUCGUGUAUGUAGCCCAGAAUGUCUUUCAAUAGCAAAGUUCGUUUUGUUAUUGAGUGUAUUAUUUAUUAAUAGUACAUUGUUGUCACUUCCUAAUCACAUUUUACAGAAUAUACCAUUAGCAUCUCAUGUGAUUUUUUAUAAGGGAAGUCUUAUUUAUAAUAUUCAUGCACGUGGGCAGAAACAAAUCUCAAUUUUAUAGCAGUCCAUGCCUUUUUUCAUAGCUGAAGCAUUUUGAUGAACACAACUGGAAGGGACAGGCUCACUGUUUUAAUUUUGAUGGAACUUUACAUAGGUAACUGUUAUGUUAUUUAUAAUUUGGUUUUACUGAUCUUAACAAAUAAAUAUCUCCAGUUUAUGAAAUGAAAAUAUUACUUGUGGGCCUUCUUUUUUUACAUCAUUUCCCCAUUAUGUAAUUCAGUAUGUCCAAAUAAUGAAAGCUAAUUCCUCUUCUAUUUUUGUCCUGCAUGGUCUUUUGUCACAUCAAGGUUUACAUACAUUGUCCUCAUCUGAUAUUACUAUGCCCAUCUUCCUGUUUACUCAGAUCCUUCUCUUUCUAGCUUAUUUGGUGAGACAACUUUAUGUGUAGAAUGUUUGAGAAUUUAUUGGUAGUUAAACUUGAAUCUUUUUUACCUUCCCAGUACACUGACAAAAAUGACUUUGAGUGUAUCUAGAAGUUCCAAGGAAAUACAACCUCUUUGUUGAAGAGAUUCCCACUCUGCAUUCAAACUAGUUGAACCCCCUUGCUUGGAAUGGGUGUUUCUAUACGCAGUCUUAUACUCACAUAAAAGACUUCUACCACAUUUCUUAAAGCAAAUGGUGAUUCUAGAUAUCUGAAUUUCAAAUUGACCAAGCUUAGAUGUCUUCAAAUUUUCAAGAACAAAUUUUCUUAGAACAAACCUCUUUGAGGUAGCAGAAGCUUGGCAUCGAGUUCCUUUUGAGAUUAUGAAAAUCUCCUUCUCACUUUAACCCCUCUGUUAAAACCUGUGGAAGAUAUGGGAUAAAAUGGUCCUGACCAUUCCAGAGGCAUUUGUAGGAGGAUUACUUAUUCUGAUAGAUACAGUCAAGCUUGCAAGUCAUGCUUGACCAACCUGAUAGCCUCAUAUGGUGACACAAUCAGCUGAGUAGAUGAGGAUAGAUCUGUGACUGUGGUCUACCUUGAUUUCAGCAAGGCUUUUGACACUGUUUCCCAUAAUAUUCUUGUAGGUAAGCUUAGGAAGUGUAGAAUAGACGAGUGGAGAGUGAAGUGGACUGAAAACUGGCAGAGCUCAGAGGAAUGUGGUCAGAGGCGCAGAGUCUAGUUGGAUACCUGUAGCUAGUGGUAUUCCCAGGGGUUGAGGCUGGGCCCAGUCUUGCUCAACAUCUUCAUCAACGAACUGGAUGAAGACACAGAGCCUACCCUCAGCAUGUUUGCUGAUGACACAAAGCUGCAAGAAGCAAUUGACACAUCAAAAGGCUGUGCUGCCAUUCAGUGUGACCUAGACAGACCAGAUAAUUGGGUGGAGAGGAACCUGAUGAGAUUCAAAAAGGGCAAGUAAACAGUCCUACACCUGGGAAGGUGUAACCGCACACACUGGAGCUGACCUGCUGGGAAGGAUCUCUGUGGAGAAGGAUCUGAGUGUCAUGGUAAACAACCAAUUGGUCAUGAGCCAGAAGUGUGCCCUUAAGGCCAAGAAGGCCAGUGGUAUCCUGAGGUUCGUAAAUAGAAUGUGGCCAGCAGGUUGAGGGAGGUGAUCCUCUCCCUCUUCCUUUGUUGAAGCCUCAUCAAGAGUACUGCAUCCAGUUCUGGUCUCUUUGGUUCAAGAAAAACAAUGGCAGAGGGAUACAAAGAUGAUUAAGAGUCUGGAGCAUCUCCCUUUUGAGGAAAGGCUGUAACCCUGGGGCUGUUCAGCCUGGAGGAGAGAAGACUGAGGAGGGAUCAAUGCUUAUAUGUAUCUACUGGGUGAGAGUUAAUUGGAUGGGGCCAGGAGCUUUCCAGUGGCAGAACAAGGGGCAGUGGGCACAAACUGGAACACAGGAAGUUUCGUCUGAACAUGAAGUUCUUUAUUGUGGUGGUGACAGAGCUCUGGAAAAGCAUCUUCCUUCAAUACACAUUCAGUGUGGUAGAUAAUUUCCCAUCAUGUACUUCAGCCUUUUUUUCCAUCUAUUGCACCAGAGACCCUGAAUCCUUUUUACUCCACAUUAAGAGAUUAAGGCUCCUUGACCUGUUUAGUUGUUUUUGUUAAUGCAGUAAUCCUAUCUCUAUUGCCUUUCCCUAUGUGGCCAUUUUUUCCCCCUUUUUUUUUUUCCUGUUUCUAUUUUUUGACGUAGAAGAAUUAGAAUCCAACAGAUAUUAAAUAAGAGGUGUCUUUUUAGUGUUUGGAGUGGUUCUCAGAUUAGACUUUGCUCAUUGCCAGUUUUUAGACUCUUGCCUGGCAACCUCAAAGUCUGCGAGUCUGAAGAGGAUAUCAGUUGAAACUAAAUUCUAGAAUGAUAACUUUUUACUUUAUUUAUUUGUUUUUUUUACAUUACUGUUCUAUUUCAUUUCUAUGUACUUCCUGUUUUGCUAUGAGAAAAGAUACCUACAAUAGAUUUCUGACUAAGGAGGGAGCAAAAUUACAUCACUUUUGGAUAUUUUUUAGAAAAAACAUUAGGACACACUUACUAUCAAAACAUCUGCAUGGGCUAAUUUUCUAAAGACUAAAUUUCUUUACCAUGCAAGAUACUGUGAGACUGAAUCUUUGACUGGUCCACUCUUGUUAAGUCCAUUUUUUUGCAGACAUUUAACAAUAAACAGACUGUAAUGUGUUUCAUUCUCUAAAGACCCAAACUGAACCAGCUCUCACAGAGCUCCCAGUACUAUUUUCAAUAUUUGAUCUGUCAGUUCUUUCACUUUGUACUUUCCCAUUCUUAUGUACCUAUUAAUGAGUGUAAAAAGCAGGAUAUUCUUAAUCAAGAUCAGAAAUGCAGGUAGCUUGAAAAAUGUUAAAAAACAGUCGAGUACAUGUAUAUACUGCCAAAGAAAAAUUCAAUAUCACAAAAAAGAUGCCAGAUUGUUUGUCAGCCAGCAUAUGCAAACUGGUGGGGUUUUUGUUUGUUUGGUUGGUUUUUUUCUUUCUUUUUUUUUUUUUUUUGGUAAAUUUGUAUUUACUAUUUAGAAUUAAAACCAGUGAUACAAGCGUACCUAUUAAAAUCAAUACAAAAAUAAUUAAUAAUCCAGUGGAUUAUUUUCACAAGGUCUGCAUUCUUUUACUGUGUAAAAGGGGUUACUACAAGAAAUGCAUCAUAGAUCAUGAGGAAUAGCUGUUCAAAUGUUUUUGAAACUAUCUGUCAUAAUGCUAAAAA